CGUCUCGCCUCCCACUCUCGCCCUCAAAACCCGCACAUAUAAAGCCUCCCGCACGUCCCCGCCGUCUAUCUCUACUUUUCACCUCCACCCACCACCACCACCACCAUGUCCGCCAUCCGCGCCGUCUCGAAACACGCCCGCUCGCUCUCGCGUACCACGCCGGCGCGCCCCGCCGCCCUUCGCGCGUUCCACUCGCCCUUCAAGGUGCUCGCGAACUCGCCGCUGACGAGCCCGCCCGCGCCGGGGUCGACCGUCUCGCCGGUCUCGCCGGUCUACGAGAAGCAGCAGGACCACUCGCCCGACCCGCAGACGUCGCACGCGGGCACGAAGACGUACGUCGUCUCGGAGCCGGACCCCGCGCACACGCCGUACGAGGUGCCCUCGGGCGCAUACCCGACGUCCGCGCCGUACCAGAAUUACGCGGCGGCGGACGCGCCGGCCCUUGCUAACGGUGCGCAGCGUUCCUCGACGAGUGCGAGCCCUGCUCACCCCACCCUGACCCGCGCCGUGCCCCAGAAUGAGUCCGGCGUGCAGGAGAGCGCGGCCGUGCGAAAUGGCGAGGCGCCCGGCCGGAUGCGCGGGGGGAGCGGGGGCGGGCUGGGUUUGAUGGACGAGAAAAGCACACGUAGCGGGGAGGGCAGCCUCCCGGAGAGGAACCCUGCGCCUGAUUCACCGGGAGUCGCGGAGAGGUGGUCGAAGCUGGGCAACGACAACGCUUGGAAGGAUCGGAAGUGAGCUUGGGGAGGGAGUUUCGCGGUGGCAUCCGGGAGAUGCGCUGGGGAUGAUGGACUCUCAUGAUUGUCGCUUUCGUUGGUGUCGGUAUUCGCGUCGUCGCGCAGCUGUACGAGUAUAAUUGGGAGGAGCCGCCGCUGGGUCCAAAGUAAUGCAUAGACUGUACAUAUCGCCUCCUCCUGCCUACCCUGCCUGCCGUGCUCGUCGUUCCCCGCGUCGACGAGCCCAUCUCACAUCUGCCAGGGUCCAGCCUGAGGUCC